CCAAAAUCACAAUACAAAAAAGAAUAGACAAUACUGUCCCACUGCAUUCGAUUCCCCAACAGACCCUUUUAUUUUUUUUUGCGGCCAGAAUGAGAGCAGCAGGAACUAACAACUAAUACCUAACACCAACAGUAGACUAAUCGAGCAGCAUGGAGUCGGCACUGGAGUGGAACGAUGAAGUGCGCGAAGGGGUUUUGAAGAGGCUAAAGCUUUGGCAGCAAUGCAGCAAGAAACCCGCAGCGGCACUCGUAACGGAACUGGUGGAACACUUGAACACACUAGGCAUUGCGCUUCCCAGUCCCGAGCUAGGGGAACUAUUAGUCUCACAGAUAUGCUUCGACAACAACCACCCUUGGAUGUGGAAGUUCACUCACCACGCUCUCUCCUCGCGCCUCCUCUUCCCUCUUCAAAUACUCUCUCUUCUCGCUUCCAACGCCAUACCUCACCGCCACUCUCACCCUCACUCUUUCGCUCUCUUUCUUCCUCUCCUAUCGCAAUACGCCUUCUCCUUUCAAUCUACGCCGUCUCUCUCCUGCAACCGCAAGAUUGUGAGUUCUGUGGACUCCGCGCUUCGGAUUUCAGAAACCUAUAAGGUGCGCGAUCUGGAGAUAGGGCACGUGUUCGUGCUGUUCUUUUACGAGAUUGUGAUUUCGCUGCUCGACUGUGUGCUGAUCGAUUGGGGAUUUCAAGUGACGUUUAGUGAGAAAUCGAGUUUGGUUGCUGCAGGUAAGGGUGAGGAUUGUAUGGACAUUGAUCGUAAUGUGACGCAGAAUUUUGAGAAGAGUGAGUACCGUGAACAGAUAAGGAAGCGGAAUUCAUUCACCGCCUUAGAGGUAUUGGAACGACUAACCGAAAGCAGAAAGGCUACUAUUCUGCUGCAGUCUGUUCUCUUGAACAUGCCUGAAAAAUUCAAUUGCCUCCAGCAGAGGCUGCAAUUUCUUGAAUCCCUUGAAUUGGCCUCAUCAGAGCUAAAAUUAGUAAACCAAGUCCUAACAAAAGUGUCUGCAAACAUGCGUGGAGUUUCUCAUUUUGAUUACUCCCUAAGUAAGCAUCGGCUGGUUGGGACCCUCAUCAAUAUGGGAUCAUGUAAGAUACCGUUGAAAUGCAACUACAGGUUUUGUCAGUCUCCUUGUUGGGUUCCUUUUGACAUUUAUAUGGAGAAUGCUAUGGAUUCUAGACAAAUUCCUACAAAAUCAGCUAUUGAUGUGCUUACAGAAGGAAUCAAGACACUUCAAAUGCUAAACCAGGCCAGCUGGCAAGAAACUUUUCUAGCACUUUGGCUCUCAGCCCUUCGGCUUGUGCAGCGAGAACGUGAUCCUCCUGAAGGUCCUAUUCCUCAUCUUGUAGCUCGUCUAUGUGUACUUUUAUGCAUUGUCCCCUUGGCAAUUGCAAAUGUUCUAAGGGAUGCCUCUGAACAUAAUUUGUCUUCUGUUCAAGUGUCAAUGGAAUCAGAAUAUACGCAUGAAAUGAAAAGUGAUGAUUCUGUGAAACGUGAACUGAUGUCAUCUGUUCAGGUCCUUGGGCACUUUUCUGGCCUCCUAUGCCCUCCUACAUUAGUUAUUGAUGCAGCCAAUCAGGCAGCUAGAAAAGCUGCAAGCUUCAUUUAUAAUUCCAUGAAUGGAAAGGGCGAAUCUGGCACUGGAAUUCAUGCUAAUGCCAAUACAAAAGCAGGUGGGAACUUGAGGCAUCUCAUAGUGGAGGCUUGCAUAGCUAGGAAUUUAAUGGAUACGUCAGUAUACUUCUGGCCUGGUUAUGUCUCUACAUCUGUUUUGUCUUUGUCAGAUUCAUCUCCUCCAGAAAAAUCUCCGUGGUCAAUGUUUAUGGAAGGAACACCAUUAAACAAUACUCUUAUAAACUCUCUAACGAUGACCCCUGCCUCAAGCCUGGCGGAGAUAGAGAAGUUAUACUAUAUUGCAUUAAAUGGAUCAGAUGUGGAAAGGCCAGCAGCUGCAAAGAUUCUAUGUGGUGCAUCCCUUGGUCACGGAUGGUAUAUUCAGGAACAUGUGAUCCACCAUGUGAUUAAGCUUCUUGCUUCUCCGUUACCUCCAAGUCAUGCUGGAUCUCGAAGCCUUUUGGUUGAUAAUAUGCCCAUGCUAUGUGCUGUUCUCCGUGGUGCUUCCUCUGUUGAUACUGUUCAUAUACUUUCUUUGCAUGGUGUAGUGCCGACAGUUGCCGCUGCAUUAUUGCCUCUCUGUGAGGCGUUUGGCUCAAUCAAACCGACUUCAAAUAGCACUGGAGAUGAGUCUUCAACAACAUACAUGGCCUUUUCGUUAGCUUUUCUUUUCCUUAUUCGAUUAUGGAAAUUCUGUAGACCCCCUCUUGAUCUGUGCAUCACUGAAUUAGGAGUUGCAGUUGGAGGUUUAGAGUAUAUCUUAUCAUUACACAAUCAUCGUGUUAUGUAUUCCCAAGAUAAGCGGAAAAGCAAUCCAAAUCUACCUGAGUCUGCAUCUGUUAAACCUGUGUACAUUGAUUCGUUUCCAAAAUUGCGGGCCUUGUAUUGUCAAUACAAAUCAUGUGUUGCUUCAGCCCUUUCUGGUAUUUCUACUGGAAAUUCCAUUCAUCAAACUGCUAAUAUGAUUUUAAGCAUGAUUUAUCAGAAAAUAACCAAGGUUGGAAUUUCAUCAAGCAAUUCUUCGUCACCUACUAGUAGUAAUGCAUGUAGCUCUCUCAUAAAUUCUGGUGAAGAUGCUUUUCAAAGACCUAUGCUUCCUGGAUGGGAAGUGCUGGAAGCUCUUCCUUUUGUCCUUGAAUCAAUUUUGACUGCUUGCGCUCAUGGGAGGAUUUCAUCACGAGAAUUGACAACAGGUCUGAGAGACCUUGUUGAUUUUCUUCCGGCAUCGCUCGCUGCCAUUAUUGAUUACUUUUCUUCAGAAGUUACUCGUGGUGUAUGGAAACUAGUUCCCAUGAAUGGAACAGACUGGCCAAGUCCAGCAGCACUUCUUCCAUCAAUUGAAUUGGAAAUAAAUGCUAUAUUAACUCAUGUUGGCGUUGAGGUUCCUAACUGUUCUUCUGGAGGUUCACCGGUAAUGCUGCCUCUACCAAUGGCAGCUUUGGUCAGCUUAUCCAUUACUUUUAAACUUGACAAGAGCCUGGAGUACAUGCAUGCUAUUACUGGAGCAGCUUUGGAAAAUUGUGCAUCUGGUUGCCCUUGGCCUAGCAUGCCUAUAAUUGGCUCUCUGUGGGCUCAAAAAGUACGCCGCUGGCACAACUUUAUUGUUGUAUCAGGUUCCCGAUCUGUGUUUAGACAGAACAACGAGUCCGUUGCUCAGCUGUUGAGAAGUUGUUUCACCUCAUUCCUUGGAACAUUGUCUGUUUCAACCUCAAAGCUGACUUCUGAAUGUGGUGUGAAUGGCCUGUUGGGUAGCACUAUUACUGCCCCUGGUGCUUAUCCGUAUGUUGCUCCUGGAUUCCUUUUUCUUCGAUCUUGUAGAAAUAUACACAAUGUACAGUAUGUAAACGAUAUAAUUGUAGGUCUUGUUACAGAGUACUCUAAUGAAUUAGCUGGCAGACGGUCUGAUGCUGGCUCUCGUCACAUAAAAUCCAAUGAAUCAUCCCUAUCCCUGGCCGCUCAAAGUGCAAAAGAGGUGGCAACACUUGGUGCAAGUCUUCUAUGUGCGGCAGGUGGUAUGCUGCUGGUCCAGGAAUUGUACAAGGAAACGAUUCCUACCUGGCUGCUGUCAUCAAGGGAUAUGAAGAAAAACAACGAUAGUGUUGCGUCGUAUAUACUUGAGGGUUAUGCUAUGGCAUAUCUGUUGAUAUUAUCCGGGUCAAUUAUAUGGGGUGUUGGGACCAAACUACCACCUGGGACUUUCUCUAGAAGGAGUCGUACUAUUGAGGUCCAUUUGGACUUCUUAGCCGAAGUCAUGGAAAAGAAAAUUUCACUCAGUUGCAAUCCUAUUACAUGGAAAACUUACGUCUGCUGUUUCGUAGGAUUUAUGGUUAGUCUUGCACCUGUAUGGAUUCAAGAAGUAAGAGUGGAUACUUUGAAGAAAUUGGCGCUUGGAUUAAGUAGAUGGAAUGAACAUGAAAUUGCACUCUCUCUACUACAUAGAGGGGGCUUGGCAGCUAUGGGAGCUCUUGCUGAACUUGUCACUGUCGUUGAGUCUGAACGUAUGUUGCCCCCCUCAUAAUCGAAUUUGUAGUAAGACGUGUAAGUAUAUAAUAUCCAAAUUGCAAGUCUGCUCUUAUAUUCUCUAAGUGAGAUACGACUUGCUACUUUAUCCCAAUACCGUUAGUGUGGACUGUGGAGUCCCAAUCCUAGUGCUCCAUAACUCUACUAUCUCAUGAUAUUCUUUUUAGAAAAAAAAAAAUUAUUGCUGAAAAAUUUAUA